AAAUUACUAAUGGGAUUUGAUUCAAGCAGCAAACUUAAAUCUAUCAAUAUCACGAGGAUAUUAUAAUUUAAAUGAUCAAGCUGUUGAUCAAGCUCAUUAGUUAUACUUUUACUGUGAAUAGAUUAAUUUAUUAACGUGUUUUUCAAUUUCUAGAUAUUAUUAUGUCCGAUAAACCUGGAGGCUCAUCUGAUACUGAGAAGACCAAAGAGGAUGACAAAAAGAAAGACAAAAAGAAGACCAAACUUCCACCCCUCACACCAUCGAUUAGUGGUAGUGAAACAGCAUCACCCGAAAUCAAUCGUAAUCUUGAUGAGCUUCGUAACAGAGAGGAUUUAACUGCAUGGCUUGACGAUAUUGAGGAAGAAAGAAAAUCUGAAGUUGAGCGUCGACAGAAAGAGCGGCGAACAAUAAGACCCAGUCUGUAUAAUCGGCGCCGAAUAACCAGACCUGGAACUGAUAUUAAAAAGGAAUUGGAAGAGUUGGCCUUAGAGAUGAAACGUGGAGGCUGGCAAGAAGAACCGAGUCCUUUGAAACUUGAUUCAGAAAAGAAACCAGAACAUGGUAGAAUAAUGAAAAGAAUAAUUCCAACUGUAGAUGAUCCCACUACUCCGACUAUAGACCUCUCUCCAUCACCAACAUUUACACCAAGAUAUGGACUUCUUUUUGAUUCCACCGAUGCAUCGCCAGAAAUUAGCAUCCGAAUGAACAACAACACACCAAUGACUAUUAGAAAUGCCUUGAUAAUAUCGAUCACUUUAUUUUGUUUUAGUCUAAUCAUAUUGGCCGUUUCUAUUUACAAACUCAAAUAUUCUUAGACUCACCUGUUAUUUGAAUAAACGUGAAAAUCUUGAAUACUUGAAUUAUAUGCAAACCAAUGAAAAGAAAUUUGAUUGUAAAUUGUUAAAAGGUGUAAACAAAAAUGUACCGAUUGAUGCAUCAAUUUUGUUACAAUAAAUCUGACGAGUAAAUCAAAUUUAA